AUUCCUAGUAACUUGACAAACAGCUGUCACGCGCAACUAAAAAACAACCAGUACAUAUGAACUACGAGUGCAUUUAAUUUUGGUGGGAAUUCUUUUUAAUUCAUUUAAUUAUUUUUAUAGUUCCACAAUGAACGACAAACCAACAAAAGAAGUUAAGCAGUUAAUUCACGAAAUUAAACUCGGUAACGUGGAAGGCUCAUACAACAUAACAACAAAAACGUUGCAAUUAUUUAAGAAAAUUAUCAAUGGCCAGGAAUGGGCGCACGCACAAGAACUCAUGAACAUAAUGCGUGCACAAGCAUGCUUUCUCCAAUCCGCAAUGCCACAAGAGACUGUGACCGCCAAUAUUGCACGUCGCAUACUGAAGUUGAUACGCGAGGAGUUUGAUUUACUUCAAGCAAAGGUGCACAAAUUCGCAGAUGACCAAGGCUCCAUGUCACUGCACAAACUCUUAACACAAACGAGCAAUGAUGUUACGAUCGACUAUACCGAACCGCAGCAUUUGCUGCGCGAUGCACUGCUGGAUCACUUACAAGAGAUUGAAACUGAAUUGGAGACAAGUUCAGAAAAUAUUUGUGCACAAGCAGAAGAGCACAUACAUUCCUCUGAGGUUAUCCUAACGUUAGGACACUCGCGCAGUGUUGAGAGCUUUCUAAAACUUGCCGCUAAAAAACGCCAAUUUCUCACUAUAAUUAUAGCCGAGUGUGCGCCAGAUUGCAGAGGUCAUAAUUUGGCAGCCAAGUUGGCAAGUGGAAAUGUAGAGAUUAUCGUAAUACCGGACUCCGCUAUAUUCGCAAUGAUGUCGCGUGUUAACAAAGUCAUCAUUGGUACACACAGCGUACUCGCCAAUGGUGGUUUACGUGCGGCGUGCGGUUCAUACACGGUCGCGCUGGCAGCUAAACAUUACUCAGUGCCGGUUAUUGUACUCUCACCCAUGUACAAAUUAUCGCCCGUACAUUUGUGUUCAUACGAGCAGGACGCUUUCAAUUUGGUAGGCUGUGCGGGCGAUGUGAUUGGCUACGAUUCGUUAGCGUCGCAUUCGGCUAAAGUCUAUAGUCCCAUAUUUGAUUAUGUGCCUCCUGAGCUGGUCACAUUAUUUAUUUCAAAUAUUGGCGGCCAUGCUCCUUCGUAUGUCUAUCGACUAUUGACUGAACUCUACAAUCCGGAAGAUUAUGAGAUUUAAAAGAACGAAACACCCUCCCGUUAAACUACUAGCAUAAGCAUUACAAACUUUGCGACAAGAAAAAGUGCCCACAAGUAAAGUUUAAAUAGUUAAAAUAGAAAAAAGCUAGGAGAAUAGAAAGCGUGAAGAAUAGCUGGCGUUACAUGUAUACGCGUUUGUUGUAAAGACGCUGUUACUUUGUUGCUUCACAGUGUGCUAUCGUUUGCGAUUUUAAAUACCUCGUUUCGCCGCGGCUUGCGUCUGCCAAUCGUCUAAUCCAAUUACUGAAAGCCAACCGCAAAAUUGUUGCUCACCAAGUAUGCCUGUUUUCCCUCUGUUUCCGGUUGAUUUUCGUAUGGAAAGCGUACUUUGAAAUUAGUUUGAUCAACACCUUUUAUUUUAUCGGACUGCGUCUCAGUGCAAUUGUCACAUGUCAAACAAUCACAUUUUCUUUUAAUUACUCUUCAAAUACCAAUAAAAAAUUGUGCAGAACAGAGUGUACGGUUAUUCUUAAGAAAACAGAAAACAGAUUUUCGAAUUUGCCCAAUAAAAUAUAAUACAACAAAACAAAAUAUUUUUAAAUAAAAUAUACCUACAAAAACAAAUGUUUUCAAAAAAAAUUUUUAGUGUGAAUUUGUGUUUGAAAAGAGAAAAGUGAAUUUUAAAUUAUCGUAAGAAAGCUUAGCCACUGGCCAACGAAGUAUAAUAAUCCAAAACGAAAAAAAGCGUGAGUCAAAGUCUAAUUAGUGCUCUCCAGAAAUUUGUUUGGAAUAAAUUACGUUGUAAUAUGGUGAAUCAUACAAUCACACAAAUGUAUGCAUAUGUAUGUACGCGCUUAUGAAUUUGGCAAUGAGACGUAUGACGAACGUGGGAGCUCAAUUUGAAAUUGUGUUGCGUACUAAAGUUUUCUUGAAAAUAAGGCAUUCGAUUUUACAAAGUUUAAAAUAAGGAUUUAUCUAAAACUAGUUAAGCUAAUUAGGGCAAUAUGGGAAAUGGCCGUUGCUAGAGUUCUCUGUGAAAAAUACUGUUCAACUUAAAUGAGUCCGCAUGAAAACAAAGACUUACAAAAAAGCAGAACAGACGUGCCUACCCUAUCGGAAGAAGCUGGAUCAAGUCGGUUACUCCAGAAGUACUCCUUGUUUUUGUUGUAGCAGCAUAAAUGUGCGGGGAGUCCCAUACAUGUGCGGGAAAUGCUGCCGGAGUGUCCGUACUUAUAUAGGGUUUUUCAGUAAGAGCGCUUCAACUUUUGAACUUUUUUGAAUAAAACACAAACGGUUUGACUUUUUUAA